CCCAGGCUUCCGCGGGUUAAGCAGCGUGGACGUCCCAGCGUCGCCUUCUACCCAGGAGAAGCCUACCUCUCCUGCCCCGCUCGGACCCCGCGAUGCCAGCCCCGCAGUGCGCCACCUGCCACAAGGCGCGCGCCGCCCUCCGCCGCCCGCGCUCGGGCCGCGCGCUGUGCGGCGCCUGCUUCUGCGCCGCCUUCGAGGCCGAGGUGCUGCACACGGUGGUCGCGGGCCGCCUGCUGCCGCCCGGGGCCGUGGUGGCCGUGGGCGCCUCGGGCGGCAAGGACUCCACGGUGCUGGCGCACGUGCUGCAGGUGCUGGCGCCGCGCCUGGGCAUCUCGCUGCGCCUGGUGGCCGUGGACGAGGGCAUCGGCGGCUACCGGGACGCGGCGCUGGCGGCCGUGCGGCGCCAGGCGGCGCGCUGGGAGCUCCCGCUCACCGUCGUGGCCUACGCAGACCUCUUCGGGGGCUGGACGAUGGACGCCGUGGCCCGCAGCACGGCCGGCUCCGGCCGCAGCCGCGCCUGCUGCACCUUCUGCGGGGUGCUGCGGCGCCGGGCGCUGGAGGAGGGGGCGCGCCUCGUGGGAGCCACGCACAUCGUGACGGGCCACAACGCCGACGACAUGGCGGAGACCGUGCUCAUGAACUUCCUGCGGGGCGACGCGGCGCGGCUGGCCCGGGGCGGGGGCCUGGGCUCGCCGGGCGAGGGGGGCGCCCUGCCGCGCUGCCGCCCGCUGCAGCUGGCCUCGCAGAAGGAGGUGGUGCUGUACGCGCACUUCCGCCGCCUCGACUACUUCUCCGAGGAGUGCGUCUACGCGCCCGAGGCCUUCCGCGGCCACGCGCGCCACCUGCUCAAGCUGCUGGAGGCGGCGCGGCCGUCGGCGGUGCUGGACCUCGUGCACUCGGCCGAGCGCCUGGCGCUGGCCCCGGCCGCGCGGCCCCCGGCCCCCGGCGCCUGCUCCCGCUGCGGGGCGCUGGCCAGCCGCGCGCUCUGCCAGGCCUGCGCGCUCCUGGACGGCCUCAACCGCGGUCGGCCGCGCCUGGCCAUCGGCAAGGGCCGCCGGGGGCUGGACGAGGCGGGGCCGCCGCGGGACGGGGAGCCGGAGCGGGCCCCUGCCCCGGAAGCCGUGCCCGCCUUCUAGGGACUCGGGUUCUCGGCCGGGAUGCGCCGCCCGGGAGCGCGGGGCUGCCUGUGAAUGACACUGUGAAUAAACUCGGUUACCUUCUCCCGC